AUGUACCAGAACAAAAUGAUAAUUAUUGUAGCGAUUUUGUUAACGGGAGAUUGCUUAGAAGAAAUCCCAAGGAGGGACGAUAUACAUAAAACGGAAGCCAUCGUUGAACAUACGAUUAACAGUCUUUUCUCGACAUUGAAAUUGAGAAGAAUUCAGCAAAGACCAAAGAUACUGGAAUACACAACUUUGCAUAAAUAUUUCGCGUCACUAUCAUUGCAAGAUGAUUACAACUUGAAGAAAAUUCUACAACUAACAAAAGUCAAUGAGGAACAUAAAUUUUAUAAUGGAACUGACUUUAUAGCCGUUAUAAAUGAAAUAAUAAAUGAAGAUAUAGUUAACAGAUUAAACGUGGAUGACAUUAGUGUGAUAUCGUAUAUUGAGAGAUUUAUUUCCAGAUUAAAGAUAUGGAGAGAAAUUUACGCGCCAAAAACCAUUUACGUCAAUAUCAAUUUUAAAGUACUGGAACAUUUGCAGAAUACAGUUAAUAAAAGUUUUGAUUCUAAAAGUAAAGACAAUCUCAUUACGAGCGAUAAUGAAUUUUGGGAGCCAAGUGGUCGACGUAUUUACAGAGGUCAAAGAACCAAGAUCAAAUAUUUCCCAUUCAUGGCUAGUGUGCACAUCUUCAACAACUUCCAUUGCGCUGGAUCUAUUAUAAAAUCAGACCUGAUCAUCACAGCAUCGUCGUGUUUACAACUAGCCUGGAAUAAUCGUCUAUUCCGAGAAAAUCCAGCAUUCCUUUCUGUUCGAGUCGGUAGUUCCUUCUAUAGUGGCGGUGGUGAGGUCAUACCGGUAUUAGAAAUUUACUUCCACCCUGGAUACGACCCUAAAAGUCUUAGAAACAACAUCUGUAUCCUGCGGCUCGUUCGCCGUUUGAAUUUCAGAAAACGAAGUAAGAGAGUGAAAAGGAUAAACAUUGAUAGAAACCCAUGGAACCUACCAAUGAAUACUCCUGGUGUCACGAUUCUUGGUUGGGGUGCGAAGGGUAGUAGCGGCAUAGUUUACGAUCCAUGGAAAAAUAUAUUAUCAUAUUCGAUUUUGGAUAUUUAUCCGUUGCCAGACUGUCGCGACGUGUAUACUAGACAGUAUGUGACACGCAAGCAUUUUUGUGCUGGUUUCUUGUCCAAAGGCGGCGGUGCAUGUAAUCGUGACGUAGGAGCCCCGGGCGUGGUGGAUGGUAAGCUGAUGGGAGUGGUAAGCUUCGGCUCCCCCACUUGUGGGACUCCUGACGCCCCCACUGUCUUUACCAAAUUAGGAUACUACACUGACUGGAUAGAAGACGUUAUGGAAAAGCCCGUACCUGUUUCCUUGAAGCGUACAACAAAGAAACCAUUGUUCGAUGUUUUUAAUGUUAUACCUAUGGAAGGGCCUACGACGACCACAUUCAAAAUACCACCUAUCACAGGAAACAAGUUAGACCCUAUAUCAAUUCACGACAUCGACAACACAUUAAGACAUAUAGACGAAAAUCUUUUUAAAGAAUUUGUGUCUACAAUGUUCACCAGUAGUGAAAUCGAUAAGUAUCUACAAAUUAUUAGACAACAACAGAAAACAAAAGGAAAUGUUGAAAACAAAACAGCGAUAGUUAACGUCAAUAGUGAGAGUGAUUCUUCUAUUGAUAAAAGUGAUGUAGUAUUUGUAACCAAAUCUCCCGAUUUUGACGAAGCUGUAGUUAAAGCAGAAGAUAUUGAGAUACGGGGCUCAGAAUCUGACAAUGACGACGAACGAAAUUCUCAAGUACAAUCACAAGAAUCUUACAGGGGCGAAGAAAAUCAAGCAAUAGUAGACGAAUCCAAAGUAGAAAGUGAUAUCAUUCAAUUCAUGAAAAACAUAGAUUUGAAAAAAAUUAUUCAAGAAGAAGUAAUGGAUACGCCAAAAGCGGGAGAAAAGGGAAAAAAUGAAUCCUUUUUAAAAUUCGCAUACCUUAAUGAUACUGAUAAAACAGGACAUGGUGAUAACCUGGACGAUAAUGAUGGAUUAAGCUUAGUAGGCGAUAAUAGUUUCGAAGAUAUGACGAGGUCAAAACUCAAGAGCACCAACAGGAUUUUGCCCGAAAAGGAGGUUUAUGGUUUACUGUCCGAUGUAAUCGAAGAGGAAGUACAAAAUAAAUUAGUAAAGGGUUUUAAAUACUUGGGUUUUUUAUUUAGAAUACUACUAAAUAGUUAUAUUAGAAUAAAAUUAAAAAUAUACACCCAUUUUCAUGUAAUAAAGUAG